CCGUUAUACUAUCGCCGAAGGGUCCCUCCAUUUUAUUCUCCUUCCAAAGUUCUUACCUCCUUCUUAUUAUUUUACGAACUACCCUGCAUCUCCACCACUCCUGCCGAGCUUGAUCUUGUUAAAAGAACCGAUCGUUCCCAAUAAACUCAAUACUAUUCCUAGUGUUCUCGCCGGGAAAACUUCCUUAUAAUAAAUCACUUUUAAACCCACGCGCAUGCGCACUCGUAUUCUCUCUACGAGUAAAUCAAGUUUAUGUGAAAAUUAAAUAGUUUGCGAUACUCAACUCCAGAAAUUAUGCGUACUGUGUGUGUUUACAUCUGGCAAGAUUAAUUACGCAUCAGGAAAAAGGGUCCUGAAAGCAACUACGAAGAUUUUCGUCAUCCAAUUCCAUACUUCAAUAUCUAAAAUUUGGUGAGUCGCUGAUUUGAACUAAGUAGUAUCUUCCAUCGUGUUAAAUUUGAAUCCAGCAAUCACAAUGGGUGCGUUCCGAAAUGUACUGACAACACUGCCAGUACUGUAACCAACGCUGUGUCCUUAUUCAUGCAUACGCAUCUAAGAGAGAUGUAAUUACUUUUAUAGUACUGUCAGUACAUUUCGGAACGCACCCAAUAUUGAAUGUAACCUACAUGUUAGUUGCAACUGUCCCUCAUGUGGAUAACCUUAAUAUAACAGCACUGUUACAUUAAAGUCAUUAACAUGAGUGGGACAUUACAACUGAUAUAAUGUUCAAUGGCUACGAAGAUGAAGUGCGGGAUGAUCUCAAUGAUAUCAAUAAUCAUUGUAUUACCAAUCAUUGGAGCUGAAGAACAGUCUGAUUCAUCGGCUCUAUUAGACGCAGCGAUUCUCCAAGGAACCGAAUUGGGAGUGGAAAAGAAAUUAAUAAAUGUGGAAAACAAUGAUGAAACGUCAGAAAGUCCAAGAACUGGAAAAGGACUUUCGAUAAUGCCGAUACCUACGUAUCUAACAGAACGAAAAGGAGCUAAAGAUACUGUACAGGAUGACACAAUUUUUAAAAAAUCGCAAGGUGUCGAUCGUAGUGGAUCCUUAGGGAGUGUUCGCACUACGCGACAAUUCGAUACUGCAACCCCAUUUGGAUAUGACAAUUUUGGAGCGGCACCUAGUGGCCAGGAAAGUUAUGGAGGUCAUUCACAACGCGGACAAUACGGAACAGAAAAUUAUAGCAGCACUUCGUCAGAAAACUAUAACAAUGAUUAUCGGAAUUAUGACGACACGGGCUACUUCUACUCAAGUAACAACGGAGUCGGUAAUGGCGGUGGACCCUUUUGGUCACCGGUUCCUAACAGACCUCCUUUCCGACCUCCUCUAACGCCACUACCAUCUCCACCAUUAGGAAGUUAUUAUCCGCAAUCUUACCCAGGGAACACUGUCGUCCUCAAACCAGUCACCACUUAUUCCCACGGUCCUUCCUCCUCCUUGUUCACGCUGUUCUCCAAUCUAGGCUCAAAUUUAUGGCAAAUAUUUCAAAUAGGUCUUGGUAGCAGUCUUAUUUUUGUUAUACCUGCUAUCCUGUUUAAGCUCUUUAUCAUCCCAUUGAAGAUCCUUAAAUUCAUCAAGAUUGUCAAGAUACUCCUGAAACUCUUUUUCGUUGUUCCGUUCCUGAUCCGUGUCUUCCUGCCCAAUAUAUCUUCUAACAUAGGAACAGCUCACGCAAUUGUGGAAAAGAGUCGAGAAGCCACGUUGGAUAAUUCCACAAAUUACUGGAACUGGCAAUCCUACGUUAUGGAUUAUUUGACUCCUCAGGAUACGAACAGCACUUCCUGGACGGACGACAUCCCCGAACUACGCGACUGUCCCAGUAAAAUGGCUUGCGACCUCGGCUCCUAUCUUGCUAGCACUCCUACUAUGUUUAGUCUACCACAGAAGCUCAACAACUAUCUCCUCGUGCAAGCUGAACGCCUUGAUAAACACGAAUCACAAUCCCCGGGUAGAACACAGAAAGAAAAUGUUGUACGAGCGUUUGUUCAAGCACUGGGGAAACGAGAGACUUAUUCUGAAUGUGCUACACUUUAUUCGUGUAGCAUAUUACUUUGAUAUUUAAUCAACUGACAAUCGUGUGCCCUCA